CGUCCGCCAUUUUCCACUUCUAUCGAGUUGUUCGUCGCCGGGAUAAGGAGGUCGUCGAAUUGAAUGUUAAAAUAAAAUAAUAAUCAUAUUCUCUCGUUUGAGAGAUAUCUACUGAAGCUCUUACCACCACGUACCUAUUUAACAUCCAGCAAGAGGAAGCAAAGGCAUCAUCAUGCAGUACAACAGCUUUCACAAUCAACACCCAAUCUUCCGACCUCGGUUUGACCGGAAUGAACAAUUCAAUAAAAUGCCAGUUUUUAAUCCUAUGGAAUUUGGAGGCCCUAAAAAUUUUGCACCAAGAAAUGGAAUGGGCAAUAAAAAUUUCAGACCAAGGAAUGACUUUAACGGAAUGAGGAAUGAUUUUAACCAUGCUAAGAAUGAGGGACCACACAAUGACUUUGGAGGACCUAAAGAUUUUAGGCCUAAAAAUCAAUAUAACAACCAGCAAAAGAAGAAUGAUUACGAAAAUGACAAGCCAAAUGGAAACAUGCAAUACUUUAAUGGAAAAGGGGAGUUUGGUGGUCCCAGACAGCAAAACAACUUCCAGAAGAACAACUACGGCCAAAAGAACUUCAAUCAAAACAAUGGUCAACAGUCAUAUCAAAAGAAGAGUUACAACAACAAUCAAGGGGGUGACUUUAAUGACCGCAACAUGCAGAGUAGGAAGGCAAAACAUCCUGGAGACAGCUUAGUAAAGCCUAUGUGGGACAUGUCUACCUUGGACACAAUCCAAAAGAAUUUCUACAAGCCUCAUGCUAAUGUUGAAGGACGCUCUGAAGAGGAUGUGCAAAGAUACCGUGCGGCUAAAGAAAUAACAGUGAGUGGAAACAAUGUUCCACGACCAAAUCAAAUCUUUGAUGAAGGUAAUUUCCCUGACCACAUUCUAAACACCAUCAAGGAGCAGGGAUGGGAAGAACCUACCGGCAUUCAGGCUCAAGGAUGGCCCAUUGCUCUUUCUGGCAGAGACAUGGUCGGCAUUGCUUCAACUGGUUCGGGUAAAACUCUUGCCUAUAUGCUGCCUGCUGCUGUUCAUAUUGUUCAUCAACAGAGAAUCCAGAGGGGUGAUGGUCCAAUUGCAUUGAUUCUGGCACCUACCAGGGAAUUGGCUCAGCAGAUUCAGUCAGUAGCUCAAGCUUACAGUGCUCGGGGAUGCAUCAGGAACACCUGUCUAUUUGGAGGCUCUCCUAAAGGACCUCAAGCCAGAGACUUGGAAAGGGGUGUAGAAAUUGUGAUUGCCACUCCAGGCCGAUUGAUUGAUUUCUUAGAACGGGGAACAACUAACUUACGUCGCUGCACAUACCUCGUACUAGAUGAAGCCGAUAGAAUGCUGGAUAUGGGCUUUGAGCCCCAGAUUAGGAAAAUCAUUGAGCAAAUCAGACCUGACCGCCAAGUUCUCAUGUGGUCUGCUACCUGGCCUAAAGAGAUUCAAGCUCUUGCUGAAGAUUUCCUGACAGACUACAUCAAGGUCAACAUUGGAUCAUUGAAUCUUUCUGCAAACAACAACAUCAAGCAAAUAAUUGAAGUUUGUGAAGAACAUGAGAAGGAGAACAAACUUACUAAUCUGCUCAAAGAAAUUGCUUCUGAAAAGGACAAUAAAGUUAUUGUAUUUGUUGAGACUAAGAAGAAGGUUGAUGAUAUUGCUCGCGUAGUGCGCAUCAAUGGAUACAAGGCACUGGCCAUUCAUGGUGAUAAGUCCCAGCCAGAGAGAGAUGCUGUACUUACCGAGUUUAGGAAUGGCUCUACUGCCAUUUUGAUUGCCACAGAUGUCGCAGCUCGCGGCCUUGAUGUCGAAGAUGUUAAAUUUGUUGUGAACUUUGAUUAUCCUAACUCAUCGGAGGACUACAUACAUAGAAUUGGUCGUACUGGUCGGUGUCAGCAAUCUGGUACUGCUUAUACCUACUUCACUAGCGGAGAUUCCCGUCAAGCCAGAGCUUUGGUCGCGGUACUCCGGGAAACGGGACAGAACCCACCAGCUAAACUAUCAGACAUGGCUAGAAACAACAACAAUAAUUCUGGUCGCAACCGUUGGCAACAGCGUAAAGAAAAUAACAGCGGCGCCAGCUCACCUCGUCAAAAGAGCAACAACCAAUGGAACAACAAGAUGGCCAUGAACUCGAAUGACGAAAGCCAAAGUUAUCAAAAUCAUAACGCAAGCCAACAAUCCCCACGCUACAAUAACCAGAAUCAGAAUCAAAACUACAGACAAAACAAUUACCAAAAGCAGAUGCCCUUCCCGACACCCAAUGUUUUCGAGUCCAUGGGAAGCUACCAAGGCGGCUACAACAAUGGAUACCAGAACACAUACAACAACCAGAACGCGUAUGGCCAGCGUACGUACGACAAUCGCAACAGUGGACAGCAGUACCGCAAUGGAAAUAACGGCAUGAACAAACCGCAGGGCAGUGGUUCGUCGUACGGCUCCCCACCACCUCAUUUCACAGCGCCACCCCACUUCUCACAGAUCCACCCACACCACCAGGACAUGCUAGGAGGCAAGUUCUACGGCGGCGGUGUCAGCGGCGGCGGCCCCUGCGGCUACCAGGCUGCGGUGGGAGCGGGCGUCCCCUACGCCCACCUGCCCCCUGGCCCUCUGCUCUAUGCUGCACCAGUACAGCAAUAAUUUCAUACAAGAAGUCACGCGAGACCCCUCUUAAAGGUUUGCUAUUAGAGAGGGUCUCGUUAUUAUUAUAAGCACCCAAUAUCUUUCAUUUUGCAUCUUUUUUGUCCUCGAUAUAAAAUUAUUUCUGUACUUAGCUUUAACACUCUUGGAUAGGGUCGCCCGCCUGCUUGCGGUGGUUUUUCUCUCGUAUGAGGUAAUCUUAAGAUCUGAAUGAAAAAACAGAAACGAGAAUAAUUUAUGUUCCUGAGUUCUAAAUAGUUCUAGAUUUAUUGCAAGAUUUGUUGCAAUAAAUGAGGGAUGUAUUAUUUUUUAAUAACAUAAUAAUUGAUGUUUUUGGUUAAAUUUUCUUUCUUCAGAUCAUUUAGGUAUUAAAAAUUAAUGUGGUAAGUGUGUUAUGUAUUAGUUAUAAAUCUUGUGUUCUGCUGGCCAUGUAUGUUGAGUGAAAUUGAUAAGCAUUUCAGUAAUUCAUUAUUGAAACAUUUUAAUUAAAUUCAAUUCUAAACUUGCCUUACAUUAUAUAUUCAAAAUUGUAAUUAUUCAGUCUCAUGUUCAAAAAAUAUAAAAAUGUAUCAUAGCCCGUAGGGUCGAAUAUUACGGGAGAUAUUGUGUUUUUUUUAAUUUGAAGUGGUCAGCAGAAUAAAACUAGAAAGUGGAACAACUGGACAAGUAUGUUUCACUAGUAGAGUUAAUCAUAAUUAUAUUAUCCGUUUAGAGUAGUUGAUGUGGCUACCCACUUAUGUAAUCUCGGGUGCCUUCGUUUUUAAAGUGUCUGUAUAAUGUACGAAAUGCACGAAACAUUAGAAGAUGAUUGAAAUUAUAGAAAUGAAGGUUAAAAGGCAGAAAAUAAUAUUUUAUAUAAAUUAUUUUUAUUGUUAAUAAUGAUCUUAUCCAGUGAAGAUAUGGGACAACUUAGAGUAAGAAUUUGAUAUAUUUCAAAACAAUCUGUAUUGCCAGAUAAAAUUGUGAAUAUUUUUCUUACGUACUAUGACGUCAAUGACAUUUAAAGUCAUAUUUUCAAGUUUUAUUUAUAUCGAUAUUACUAGAUCUAAUUAUAUUAAUGCCUAGGUACGUUGUUCGCCUACGAUCGUUCCACGUAACAAUAGCUAGGACUCAAAUUGAAAGUAAUACAAUAUUUCAUAACAUACUGAAAGAAUGUAAAUAAAUGCAUUUAAUUUAGAGAUAUUAAUGAUUUGAUGGUUAUAAAUCUGACAAUGAUUACUUUCUAGCCUUUAGUAAAGUAAGCGGUUUCUCAAGUGUUUUUUGAGUUUCCUUAUAUAAAAGAUAAAUAUUCACAUAAUUUGUCUAGUUUUUAUACUGGACAUCCUUUGUACGAUAAGGGGUUUCUCGGGCUAAACAUAGUGUCAAUUGGUACAAAACAUACUUGAAUCAGGUAUUAUUAUUAUGUUAGAAGCCCAUUACUGUCCAAAGAGAUAAAAAAUCUGUGAUAUUUCAUUACUUGUAACCUGUCGUUGCGUUCGUCAAUUGUUAAUGCAUAAGAGCACUUCCUUUUGUUCGGAAAGUGUUGUUUAGACAAAAGUAUAUUUUUUGACUAUUUGAGCGAAUUUCAAGAAGAAUGUUUGAGACUACAGAGUUUGGAAGUCCUUCGCAGAUAUUUUGUAUGGUAGAUGUAAGAUUUAAUAUUUUAUUGUUAUUCAGUUUUAUUUCGAGUUUACUGUAAGGUGACGAAAUUGUACCAGUUGUAAGAUGGGACGUAAUAGUUAUUAUCUAGGAAUCCGUUAAUAAUAUGUUAAGUAAAUGCAUCUGAAAGAUACGACGAUGUAGUUUUACGGACGGGUUUGAACAAGGGGUGUAACAACUCUGAGUGGGUCACGCCUAAUAGACGCACUAAAAUUGCGGGAUUCGCUUUGUUAUUUAUGUACAUUAUAAGAGAAAGACUGCAUAGAAAAAUGUAUAUUUGCAUAUUAUAUUCAUCUCAAAGAUGAUCUCCUAAGCGAACCGUGUCCUUGGUAUCAUCGUUAGUUUUAUGCAAGUUAUUUAUACAAAAAGUUUGAACCGGGUCGCGUGUAGUUAGAGAUACCGGAGGCGCUGGCGCACCGUAGGACGUGCCGGCCCAGUAGGACGCAGUGACAGCCGCGCCCGCGGCCCGCUUCCCGCCCCGGCGGCUGUAUUAUUGUGUACAAAGUACUGCACCCACCUCUUCUAAACAACUGUGAUAAUAACACUAAGUAGCAUAGCAGGCGAUUUGUAUACUAGUUACGUCCAGGAGAAGGAAUGACAUCAUAUCUGACAUAUUGUAUGUGAUAGUAAAUAUUAUGUAAUCAAGACGUGUUGUGUUGUUUUGACACGUUAUGGUUAUUAUGCGUUUUCUCUUAAACAAGACUGAUUAUAAUUAUUUCUUAAUAUUUUAUACAAGUUCCACUUCGACUGAAUGAAUUAAGAUUGUCUGUAUUGGUAGUUCUCUCGUGCUGUGUUUCACCGAAAUUUAUUAUUCACUAUGUUGGAUAUGUGUCAAAACGCCUUUCUAUAUGGUCACCAUGAUAAAAAUUAUAUUAUUUUUUCUUUUUCAUUUAUUGUGAUUGCAAAUGUUGUUGACAAAUUUGCGGCAGCGACAGUCAAAUACUAAACGUUGUUAAAAUGUUUUAAUUGUUGUUUAUUUGCAAAAUUUUAUUUAUUCACAGAUAACCGUAGAUUCAUGCUUUACGAUAAAUAAUGUUAAGGUUUAUGUUCGGAACUUUCAUUUUUGUGAAAAAUAUACAUAGAUUUUUAAGUAUGUGGCAAUGCAGAUCUUCAUAAAUAUUGAUAGUAUAAAACCUAUAUCAAAGUAGUACGUAUUUAUUUUUUUAGUAAAUGAGAAAAUGUUUUGUUGAUAACUGUCCCAAAGGGAAGUCUUCUGAAUGUUUCUGAGAAGUGCAUUUCUUCUAUGUAAUACAGUAUUAAAUUCCAAUUAAUAAAUUGAUGUGUAAUAA